AUGGCCAAACAAGGAUCCGCGCUAAUUGCCAAGGCCAUCGAAAUCGAAGAGGCGCUCGGCUUUGAUCCGAUUCACAGCGACCGUCUCGCAGAGACCCGGCGAUUGCAGUAUGUGUCUGUUUGUCGCCAAGGUCCCGAGGUGUAUAGUCUGGUGGUCGCCAGGAAGAAACCGGCAUCCGUCUCAACCGAGCCAUCCGGACUGACCCUUAUCGAGGAGCGAGCGGGCCUUGCUCCAAAUGGGAUGACCAGGUAUCCUGGUAUUUAG